CAUGAUUCUUUUCAGAUUUCGAUAUCAUGCGACUCAUUACCAGACUCUUCGCUCAACACGUCCGAGGGCAAGCAUAAGGGUAACGUGAGGCCCAAACAUGGCGGCCACUUCGCGCUCGGGAAUGCUAGAAAUUUUCACCAAAGAUGGAUGGAAACGAGUGUUGGCUACACUUGAUGACGAUGUUUUGACUCUGAAUGUGGAAGAUAACCCUGUAGUUAAUGGCCAGCCGCCUUCACCGAGCUCCCCUCCCCGUUCACCAGAAGCAAACGACCAUGUAGAACCACCGCAAACCAUAGCGGAUCAAAUCCGAACUGUGCGAGUCAUAAAGCAAGAAGUCGGCGGCUUAGGAAUUAGUAUCAAAGGUGGCAAGGAAAACAAGAUGCCUAUACUUAUUUCGAAGAUUUUCAAAGGAUUAGCUGCGGAUCAAACGGAAAGUUUAUACAUAGGAGACGCGAUUUUGGCGGUAAAUGGAGAAGACCUCCGAAAUGCUACCCACGACGAAGCUGUAAGGGCGCUGAAACGUGCAGGGAAGGAGGUCGAUUUGACUGUGAAAUAUGUGAAAGAAGUUACACCUUACUUUCAUCGUACGGCGGAACUGAACGCUAAUGCUGCUGCAAAUGCGAGCGUGAACGGCGAAGGACAAGCAGCUCCGGAAAACAAACCAAAUUGUGUCGAAGUAAAGAAAAUUCCUCUCAAGCUAUGCUUCGUCACAAAGUAUGUUUCGCCCAAGAUAGAAAAUCACGGUAGAACUUUCGAACUUUACAAUCCGGACGCCAGAUCUGCCUGCAUUCUGCGAGGGAAAGACACCUCGUCGGCGAGUCAAUGGUUCACGGACAUCCACACAAAUAUAACACGGCUCAUUGCACCAGGUAUGCGUAUCAUGUCAUUUUGCUUCUUCGUCAAUUGUUGCGUGUCCUUUCGCGCAAAAUAUCAGAAGUUUUUCAGCAAUGGUCUCUAUUUCUUCGCCCGAUUUGGUACUUAACACUGCAAUUAUCGACUCCAGGCGGGGUGAAUGAACUAAUGCACAGAUUUAGACAAAAAUAAAGAACAUUUAUUCAAGCUAUCGAAUUCAUAUUUCAUAUCUUCAUUCUUUCAUAGUAAAUCAAGUUGUGGUUGUCACGUGAAGAAGAUAAAGAUGCGAAAUUUUAAUACUUCGGUUUAAAGUGCAACGUUUAUAUGAUUUUUAGUGUCUAUUUCGAAAGUACUUGAGUGUUUCGUUCCCAUUCUACAACUUCAAGUAUUGCCUUCUGGUAUUUGAAUAAUAAUUCAGCGAACAGCUGUCUGGAUAGUUGAAAUUUUCAUUACCGGCAGUUCGAAGUGGUCCGUAUUGUUCACGGCUUGUCGCUAUUGUUUGAAUCAUGUAUAAAUUUUCAAUGGUCGUAAACAGUCAAAACAUUUUUGUCAUUUGAAAUGGCAUGUUUACGGAACACGAAUGGAUUGUAAAGACAGCGCUUUUUCAGGCGGUUUGUUGUAACUGAAAGUUUGAAAUUUUAAUGGCGUUAUAUUGAAUUAGAAGCAAAUCGCGCCCGAAUUCGCGUAGAUUGCAAAACACAUUAAAAAUACAUUGCCACUCUUUUUAGUUACUCUUCGUAAGUUUAAGUUUAAUUCGAGUUCGAUCGACCAGAAAAUGAAUUUUCUUAUUUUGCAAAUUUAGAUAAACCGACUCGACCGAGGUUGGGAAUAAUUUUUUCCACUAUGUGACAUUUGUGGCCAAUUGCCAAAAAAGCUCUAGGAGAUUAAAAGUGUAAUUUAUAAAAAUAACAAACGCAUCUUUUUUCAAAUCCACAGAUAGUCAUAGAUACAUAUGUUGUGCUUGUUACCGAUACAUACAGUGUAUGAAAAAUAGAUGUGAAAAUUCUAAUAAUAGUAUCUAAAUCAUUCUUGUCUGGGCUGGGUUUUAGGGUGGUUCUUUAUGUUUCUCUAUUGCAAAGUAACUCAUGAGAAGGUAACAGCUGUUUUUUUAAAAAUAUUUCUUCGACUUUUUUCUCCAGAAUAAUUGAUAACUGGGCCCUGUUUUUCAAAAUGAACCCUGUUACCAUCAGGAAUGACCAAUCUGUAACUUCUCCUCACAAUGUUCUUACAUUCUCAGGUAGACACGUUAUGAGAAGAAAUGAUAUCAAUAGGGGAAGAUUUGUUUAACUUAACAUGAAAUUCCUAGAAUUUCAACUUAUAUGUGACCUGUAUCAAGGAGAGUUAUUUACUUAUCUCAUUGCUUGUUUGACAGAUUUACUUUCCCUGAAUUCCAAACCUUAUGGGCUCAGAAAUUGAGAGUACUUGCUCAUUCCUAACCCUUUGACUCCCUGAGUCUAAUUGUUAAUUCACUCCUUAGCUGUGAUGAAUUGCAGUGUAAAUUUGUUACAAGAAUAUGAUAUUAGUUCAAGAUAACAACUCCUACCAGAUAAGUUUGAGUAUUCUCAUUACCUAUAUGCUGGAUAAUGUAUAGAUAGUAUGGACAGAAAUUAUGUGCUAAUCACUUGUGGGAGGUUAAGGGUUAAGCCAAUUUUUUCUCAGUUGAAGAUGUGUUAGAAUGUCUGUGGUGAAAGUCUCUAAUGUUUUGUGGUAUUAGAGUUAGCAAAAGUGCUACAAAUCAAUUUUAUAUUGUUUUAUAAAUCAGUUGGUCUUACAUUUCCUUCUUUGUAUUUUAUGUAGCCAUUGAGGAAGUGAAUGACAUGCUCAGUUCCAAUGCAGGAUAUCGUGAAGUCCGAGCUAUGGGUUGGCUUAGUGAACAAGUUCAUCUUGGUGGCGAUAGCUCCCACACAGAAUGGAAGCCUGUGUUUGUUGCUUUAACAGAAAAAGACAUGUUGUUGUAUAUGGCUGCUCCUUGGUCACGUGAGGAUUGGAGUGCACCAGUUAUGAGCCAUCCACUCUUAGCUACAAGGUGGGUACAAUUUUAAUGUGUUAAGUAAUGCUCCAGAUGGCUUCUGAAGUUUUAUGAAUUUUGGUUUUUGUUUCCUCUUUGUAAUUGUCCAGGGCAUGUAAGAGUCAGAUUGUAUCCACAAAAUAAAACCCAAAAUGAUUUCUUUUGACUUAAAAUCACAGGUCUUUAUUUGCUUUGAAAUAUAAAUUUUGUGGUAGCUUAAUGCUGACCAUUGUGGGAAUGAUGUUACUAACUAUUUGACAAAGAUGUAAUUUUGCAUCAGAGGUGGUAGCUGAGCAAAUAUUAUGCCAGUUAAGAUCAAACGUAUCAGUGCAAAGGGAAAUCUGGCGACAAAAACUUUUUUCCCAAUCUUUUACAACCCCCUUCACACAAGGCUACCAAGCUUUACAUUAACAAGAUGGCAAACAAAUAACAUGGAAAGAGGACAUGUCAAACACUUGCUCAAACUGGGAUUUUGUUUUAAGUACUUGUAUUUGUUAUUGUUGUACUGGUACUCAAGAUGGCCAGGGGCUUAUUGAAACCUUUUCAAUGAGAAUAUAGGUUUUGAUAUCAAACCAUUGUGUAUGCACCACCUAAAUAUCAUCUGCUUACGUUGAUCAGGUAAUCACCAGCCAAAAUCCAGCUGGUCAUCAACUAUUUCUCAGCCUGGAAAUUUUAUGAGAAGCUGGUGUUUAGCAACAACCCUAAGGCAUGAAAACUACUGAUGAGUAAUCUUGUUUCAUAUUGAUUUGCAGACUUGUUCAUUCAGGACAAGGUAAUAACCACAUUCAAAAUGAAGAAAUGACAUUCGGAACACGAACUGGAACUAGAAAAGGAGUAGAGGCACACAUGUUUAGAGUGGAAACACCAAGAGAAUUGGCAAACUGGUCACGGAGCCUGGUUCAAGGAUCUCAUGAUGCUGCAGCUUUGAUCAAAGAAAUAAACUGUGGUAAGUUACAUGCAUGUUAUGAAAAUGAGUGUAACACAGGGAAAAUUUAAUGUGUUUAGAAAGAUGUUAGUUGAGUUAAAAAUAGGGUGGCGAUGAGAAGUUUGUGAUUUUAAAAUAAUAAAACUGUGAUUUAUUUUUCAUGUUGGAGAGUUAUUCUAAACUCAGAAUCAAUAAGAAUGAGCUCAGCUGUUGUAUUAAUGGAAGUGGUUUUUCAAAAGGAAGGUAUUUGGGCCAAUAGCCAAGUCAUUUAUAAGAGCAAAAUGAUUUGCUAGGCUGAAAAUCACACUAGCAAGGGGACAGGGUUUCUUUAGCAAAUACCCACAUCUUUCCUGUUAUUUAACCUUUUAACUCCCUGAUCAGAUUUGUCUUUCUCCUUACUGCCAACCAUACAAUUCUUAUGAUGUUACCUCAGAAAAUUUAAUACUGGAUCAACUAAUUAUCCCCAAAUUGAUAUUUUUCUUUAUUCUCAUGACUUAUCUGGUUGAUAUUGUAUUGGUAUUGUAAGGAGAGAUUCUGUCUUGGUCACCUAUGGUAGUUGAAAGCUUAAAUUAAUAAUUUUGAAGCCUUCAUGUUUGUGUUAUAUCAGAUUUCUCUUACAGAGAAGUGGGGGCACACAAUUUUAAAGCUAUUUUUCUUUUGUGAUGAUUAAGCAAGUUUAAUUUUUUCUUUCAGCUGUGACUUGGAGAGAUCAAGAGGCACGUUUAACUGUGCACUUUGAAAAUGGGUUCACCCUCACAGUUGCACGUGUUAAUGAGGGCAAUGGUGGGUCUCAGGUCUUAUGGUAUUUCCCAUUUGAGAAGCUAAAGCGCUCAGCAGAUGAUGGACAGAGAAUGUUGUGGCUAGAGUUUGGAGCAGAUGAGUCUGAUCAGGUAUGGUUUUGUUUUUCACAACCUUUACCUAUAUUGACAACCUUGCUUACCUUCAGGGCCACAUCUGUUUUGUAAGGACUGUCUUAAUUAGAUGAGAAUGUAUUUCCACUUUUUUUUCUUUAUUUUCAGGAGUUAGAUUUAGAACUUGAUCUGCAUGGCUGUCCAAAACCUGUGGUUUUCGUUAUGCACACCUUCCUUUCAGCAAAAACAACUCGCCUUGGACUUUUUGCUUGAGUUGUGUGGUGUGGGAUAUAAACUUUACACUUCUCUACUUGAUGGUUCAGUUGAUCCUGUGGUUCUGGAGUAGUGGCUUUCCAUUACAAUCCACUACUCUUUUGUGGUAAUGUUAUUGUUAUAUGCCACAUUGCAUUCCCCACUUUUGCAAGAUGUAUCUGCAGAAUAUAAGUACCAUGGUCAGAUCUUAUAAUUUAGGGAUUUGUAUCAACCCUUUCACUCCCAGGAGAGACCAAGACUUUAUUUCUCCUUACAGUAUCAGCACAAUAUCAAGCAGCCAAGUGAUGAGAAAAUAUAAAAAUAUCAAGUAGGGGAUUAUCAUUUGAUCCAACACUAAAUUCUCAGAACAAACUUAAUGAGAAAUGUAUGGCAGAUAGUGAGGAGAAUUUUUAUUGACAUAUUGGGUGUGAAAGGGUUAAGAUAGUAAUAACUUUUAAACUAUACCUGUUUAUCUUUUAGUUUUAUAUGGUUUAUUUAAUAAUUGGAAAAACAUGCCAUUUUCAGCUGUUACCUUUAAGUAAAUUUGAUUUUGUGUGAAAAAAGAUGUUGUCUUCAUUGAGCUUCAUGAGAGUGGUAUGUUUUUUUUUAUGUCCUUUAGACUAAAUCAGUGUUCUGCUGUAGUUCUUGUUGGCUUCAAGAAUAUUACCUUGAGCUUGAUUAAUUUUAUUGCUAUUGUAUUCAUCAGUCUUCAGGGAAGUAUAAAUCCUUGCUCAAAUUUUUAAUUACUAGGUCCACUUUGAGCUAGUGAAACUGAAGUAUUUUUUAAAGACUAUAGAAAUAUUAAUAACAUUGACUGUUUUUUAGUACUGUUGUAUCCAAAGAUAAUGCGAAUUGCUAAACUUAGGCUAACUCACUCUCAUUAAGUUCUAAAGUGUAAUCUGGAACAAGUACAAAAAUGGCUAUUUGAGAACAUCAAUAAUUACUCUUGGAAUUUUUCUGUAUUAAGCUGUGGUACUGUGGGGUGGUGUCUUUUCUGAGAGUGAUCAAUUGGAGGUAUUUCUCCUUAAUGAUUUCCACAGUUUUCUGAAGGUAUAGGAAUAUAUUGAGAUGAUAUUUUUAUCGUGUUGCUGUGUUGGUAGCUUCAUUUAGUUGUAAGUGAUUAAUAAUGUAGAUUGUAGGUUUUAGGGUUUUUUCUUUGAAAUUCUUGAUGAUUCAAAAUGUAUCAUUUAUCUGAGGAAUAGUUUGGUUUCUUUCAUUAUUGAUGAAGAUAUUUUUAAGAACAGUGGACCCUUUAGAUGGAAAGGUGGUUAGUGCAUUGUAGGCUUUUUUGCUGCAAUUAGUUGAUAAUAGAGGAUUUUUGAAUGAAAUUAUAACAAAUGUAUCUUAAAUUUUCUGUGGGCAUUGGGAGAUUUGUUGUAUCAUUUGCCCCUAUUAACAUAUUAACAUAUUGUCUUGUAGAAUGAUUACUGGUAUUUACCUGUAACUGAUUUUUUAAAAGAACACUAAAAUAGUAAUUGUGAAAAUUAAUUUUCAGCUGACUUACUCUGUACUAUCUUGGGAUAAAAUGUAGUAUUGAAGUAUUUUUCAAGCUUUCUCUUAGAUGUGAUUUUAUGCUUGAGUUAAUUAAUUGUAAAAUGGAAAUAACAAAUAGUUUGUCCUUGUUGGUAACAUGAUUGGCUUUCUGCCAAUAAGAUAAUGUGUUCCAUAUUUGUAUUUAGAUUUGAACUGCCGGUAGUGCUGAGGUACAUGUAGUAUCCAAGAUAAUUAUUAUUAUAGUUUUUAAUGUCAUGGUAACUAUUUCAUUUCCAAAUUGUGACAUACUGAAACUAAAGCACUCCUAUUUUAGAACAGAGUUCUUUACAUAUUCUGAACAUGCCAAUUACCCAAGGACUGCAACAUCCUCUGUGAUGGUGUCAAUGAAAGUGUAAUAUUUUGUAGUCAGUCAUAAACCCUUUACACUCUUACAUCAGUAUCCAUGAUCUCCUUACUCUUCUCUACACAUUUCCUUUGUUCAAAAGGAGAAUUUGUUUAACAAUCAAAGCUUAUAUUGGCAAUCAUUUGCGUUACUCAUGAUCUUAAUAAAUGAUUCAGGGAUGAUACUGUAAGGAGAAAUUAGAUGCUGGUCACUUAGGGUUUAAAGGUGUAACUCAUUGGCUAUUUUGUUUCUAAUUAUGCACUCUGACUCUUUACAUACCUAGUGCCAUAUUCAUUAAUUGUCAGAAACACAUCAAUUAAAGUAUUUUUAGACAAAAA